GGGAUUGGCUACCCUCACAUCUUGUUUUUUGUAUGCUCGCCAUCCGAUUUUAUUGCAUUCGGUUGGUCGGAAAAAACAAAUAUGGUGGGUGCCACCGCUCGUUCGACCGAGUACGCGUUCGCAUGGGGCGACGCCGGCCUCGUCGUGCGCGACGCCUUCCGCGGACGCCUCAUCUUCCGGCCGGGCAAAGGCGCGAAGAAGUCGACCGUGUCCUUCUGGGAAGCCAAGAAGAUGCUCGAGACGCUGGCUGUGGUCUUUGACCACGCAGCCGUGCUGCCGUCGCCCAAGCUCCAGGGCACGACGGUCGUCGCGCUCACGUUCUUUGAGCGCGCUCGGUUUGAGCACGCGCUGCGCACGGUCAACGAGAUGCCCAACCACACGGUGUACGCGAACGGCGACGCGAUCGAGAUCCAAGUGGCCGAGAUGGACGCAGCCGCGACCGCCAGCCCGCUGCCCGCAAAUACCAUGCACUUUGAGAAGAAGAUGAAAGGCUGUCGCCCCGAUACCGUCCAUCUGAGAGGCCUCCCGGCCAAGUGGUUUGACGUCAACACGGCCGACUUUGCCGAUCUCGACGCCAAGCUCACGCACUACAACCACGCUGCGCACAAGCUCUCGCAGCUCUUUGCGCUCUUUGGCGCGCUCGCGUACCGCACGUCGAAGUGGUGCCACCCGAAGACGUCGCGGACGACGGCAUCUUGGCGACCGUGCAUUUUGACGUGUACGUGCAGUUCAAGGCCUACGAGAGCGUCGUUGCGAUUCUUCAGUGCAUGCAGGGCCAGCGCGUCUUGUGCCACACGGCGCACCCAAAGUUGAUUGUACCGCUCUCCAUCCAGCUCGACACGACCGAGUACCUCAGCGACGCCAACAUUCGCCAGCGACGGUUUGCGCGGGAGCAGCGACGGAUCCAGCAGACCCACGAGCUGGCCGAGGCCGAGCAGCGUGCCAAGGCGGUCGCGGCCGAAAUCGCAGCAGCGACCGCUGCGAUCGAGCCUCUAGCCGGUCGUCUCAAGGUCGCUGAAGCCCACGCCGAGGCCGCGGUCGAUGGCGUCGACGCCAAGAUGAUUGAGCUGCUCAAGCACGCACUGGGGGCGCUGGACGCUGCUCAGAAGGCACCGUCGACCCGCGGCGUCGAGGUUCUCGAACUCGCACUCGGUGGGUUUGAGAGCCAUCUCAAAGCACUCGACGAUGCGCGGAAGGCCAAGGAGUUUGCGCUGGCGCGCAAAAAAUGGCAGCAGCGCGUCGCCCAGCAAUGCGAGACGAGCACGGACCACGUUGCCGGGAUCGAAGCCAAGUUUGCCGAUCGCGUUGCGGGCUCGGCCUUUCUGGAGCAUCCCGCGCUCGUCGCCGACAUUCGUGCGGCCAAAGCAGCGAUCGCCGCAGCCCGCAGUAUCACGUCGCACCCGAUCUCGAUCGACGACGAAGCGAAUGAAGACGACGUGCGUGCGUACUUGGACAAGCUGCGGGACGACGUGGACGAAGCCGACUGCAUGGUCAACGCAGCACUUGCCCGCCUCGUGAUGCUCGCCGAGUACCACGAAGUGCAAAAGCAAGUGACGGACGCCGACGGCCCCGCCGACGCGCUCUUGCAGGCGCUCGAUUCCGCGUGGGGCGACAGCACGUCGACGCUUCUUGAGAAGAUCCAGCACAUUCGGUCUGUCCUCAAGCGCGCGGCGCGUGUGCGGGCGCUCUCGGCCGCGUUGCAUGCGGCCGACCUCGACAGCGAGGAGCUCUGUGCUUCUGAUGCUGCUCUUGCGCCACUCGCCGCAGCGGCCAAGGCGCUUCUAGAGACUCUCGACGCCGAGAGUGCCGACGACGCAGCACUGACGGCGUGCGAUGACGCGAUCACGUCAUAUGCGACGGCAGCCAACGCCAUCCGCGUUGCACGGGCCGAGGCUGCGGCGGCCGAGAAGGCUCGGAGCGAGUCGUUCGCGGGCAUGCAAGCAGCCAAGACGGCGGCCAUCGCGAGCGCGCGCCAAAGGCUCCACGCGUGGCAGGAAGAGGUGGCGGCCGCCCACAGUCUCGAGCGGACCACGAGCGUCGUCAAGCGCGCCCACGUCCAGAACCGGUGGCCCACGGUCACGUCCAUGGAUCCGCCCGAGGCAAAGCGUCCGAAAAUCGUCCGGUCGUCCUUGAUUGUGCGACAGACGCCGCCGCGCUUGCUCGUGAGCAGCCGUGUCGUGGCCAUUCAAGAAGACGGCCGCGCGCUGUCGCCACGAACGCUCGCGGCCGAGAAGGUCGCCCGGGAAGAAACAGCGCUUCGGACCCAAGUGAUCGAGAGCCAGAAGCGCAAGGAAGCGAUUGCGUGCCUCCAGCGACUCAAGGAGAAGGAGCUGCGACAGCAAGCGCUCAAGAGCAUCGCCGAGCGAAGUUCGACCAAGAGUAUUACCGACACUGACGACAACGCAUAAGUGUACUUGCUACUCGUACACAAAUGUCAGCAAUACAAUCAAGGUUUCCUUGCCCCAUGAGUUGAUC